AUGAUGUGGGGGCGUGGGGGAUAUUUCCCACGAAAGAGGACGUUGGAGCUCCCCGGGGCUGUGACCUCCCCCCCUACUCCCUUCUACACCCCGCACGCCGCAGCCACCAGGCACCCACACAGACACACUUUCUGCCGGUGCUGCGGCUCCCUGCAGGGCGAUUUCGCCGCCGGCCCCCCACACCUGCAGGGAUGGGCCGUGCCGUGCAGAGCCGAGCCAGCCGCCCGCCCGCCUCCGCCCGCGCUCCCGCCGCACCGGUUCCGCGCCAAUUUGCAGCGAGCGGGGAGGCGGCGGCCUGCGCUGCGCCGGGCCGGGGGGAGCCUCGGCCAGCCCCGGGGCGCGGCAGGGGUCAGCCCGGGGGGACGGAGAGGGGUGGCAGCGCCGCUGCCGCCUUCGCUCUCCCUCCAAAAGAAGCCGAGCCGCCGCCUGCCCCCCGAGCCGCCACAGCUGAGGGACUCUGAGGGGACGCGUGAGGGGGCAGGGAGCGGAGCAGGACCGCGGCACCCGUCUCCCGCGCUCCCGCCUUGCCGCUAUGGAGGCUCCCUCCAAAACCUGAAGGGGAAGGAGGGGCUGCCGGCACGGCACCCUCGCACCGGGGGGCAAUCACACCGCCCUGCCCCCGCCGCCAGGACACUCUCCCUCUGCAGGGCACGCUUCCACAGCGCGGGCUGGGGCAGCGCGGGCAUCGGGGGCUGCGAAGGGCAGCGUCCCCGCCAGGAACCUUCCGCGCCAGGCCCCUGUCUUGAAGGCCAGAGCGAGGGAAGCUGGGACCCGCCAGGGCCAGUGUGGGGUGAGGGCGUGCGGCGCGGGACGGCGACCGGGGUCAGCCCGCCAAGCGGCUCGGCCGGCUUCCCCGCCCCCAUCGCGCCCGUCUCCCUCCAAAACCCCGCAGCCCGCCUCCCGCCAGCCCCACGGGGCUCUCUACCGCUGGGCGGCCCCGACGUGGGGUGGAGGGACUAA